CACGUGGUUAAAGUAUACGGAGAUUGUGCUUAGAGCGGGAACGGAAACCACUCAAACCAGGGGAGAGGAGAAUGGGUGAGCAUUCUGACUUAGACAGACAAAUAGAGCAACUCCGUCGCUGUGAAGUUAUAAAAGAGCAAGAAGUGAAAUCACUUUGUUCAAAAGCUAGAGAGAUCCUUAGUGAAGAGAGUAAUGUACAGAGAGUAGAUCCACCUGUUACAGUGUGUGGGGACAUUCACGGGCAGUUCUAUGACUUAAAAGAGCUUUUUAAAGUGGGGGGUGACGUACCGGAAACUAAUUAUCUUUUCCUCGGAGACUUUGUCGAUCGAGGGUUUUAUAGUGUUGAAACCUUUUUGUUACUUUUAGCGUUAAAGGUUAGGUACCCAGAUAGGAUUACAUUAAUAAGAGGAAAUCAUGAAAGCCGACAAAUAACACAAGUUUAUGGUUUUUAUGAUGAGUGCAAGAGAAAGUACGGAUCCGUUAAUGUCUGGAGGUAUUGCACUGAGAUUUUCGAUUACUUAAGUCUAGCUGCCAUAAUAGAUGAAAGGAUUUUUGCAGUCCAUGGUGGCCUGUCUCCCUCAAUCACUUCAAUCGAUCAAAUACGAGCCAUAGACAGGAAGCAGGAGGUCCCUCACGAUGGCCCAAUGUGUGACCUACUUUGGUCUGAUCCUGAAGAUAUUGAUGGAUGGGGCAUCAGCCCAAGAGGAGCUGGAUAUCUGUUUGGAAACGACGUUGUAUCUGAAUUUAAUAGCGCCAAUAACAUUGAUUUGAUAUGUCGUGCCCACCAGCUGGUAAUGGAAGGUUACAAGUGGCACUUUAACGAGACAGUAUUGACAGUUUGGUCUGCACCAAAUUAUUGUUACCGGUGCGGUAACGUUGCAGCCAUUUUGGAACUAGACGAAAAUUUAAAACGAGACUUCACAAUCUUUGAAGCAGCGCCAAACGAGGUUCGCGGUGAACCUACGAAGAAGCCGAUUCCGGAGUAUUUCUUAUGAUGUGCCACACCCAUACAUAGCCUUUUAUUGUAACUGUUACCGACUCUCACUCUUUAUCAUUAUUAUUAUUGUUGUUGUUAUUAUUAUUG